UGUGAAAGCAACGUACAUUGGUGAUUCGCAUCGCGCUCAGUGUGAAACGGCCUUUAGCAAGCACUUCUAAAAUCCCUCAAUAUAAAAACUCAAAGAAUCUAGCAGCUUGAGUUAACUGAAUUGUUGGAUACAAUCACACUGCUGCCAGCAAGAACAAACAACCAAUCAGCACAAUUAAUCACAGAUGUAGUGUAAUUCAUAUCAUUGACCUUAAAGGUGUUAUGAAUAAGUAUGUUAUUCCUCACUCAAGCCAUUGCUCAUUUCUGUUUAAUGUCUGUCAUGAGACACUGCUACUAUCUAUAGGCAGUGCUAUCUUAGUAACAAAACCGAACCCCAGUACAUCAUGCGCCAGCUGGAGGGAGGACAGUUUUGUUAACUGACACGCGAGGGACAUUUCAGUGUAAAUGCCAGGGUAAGGUUAGAGUUUUGACGGAUAUUUUGUAGACAAUUGCUCACCGUUAAAACUAAAUGUCUUGUGUUUUAAACAACUGUGAGUAUUUAUAAACAAAGAGCACAGGACCAAUGAUCAAGCAGGCUGCUAGACAUGGAUACUGUCAAGGUAAGAGUUGGAGACAGUGUCUUUGAAACAAACAAGUCUCUACUGCUAAGAGAAUGCGAAUUCUUCAGGGCUCUUUACAGAUCAGGGAUGGUAGAGUGCCAUCAAGAAGAGAUUCACGUGAGGAACCUCAAAGCUCAAGGAUUCAUAAUCAUGCUGGCUGUGGCCAAUGGUGAGAGACCUAUUCUAAAUGGCGAGGAGAUUUUGGAAGCCAUUGAAUGUGCUGCUUUCUUCCAGGCUGAACCUCUUGCAAAGUAUCUUCAGGAUCUUCUCAACUCCGACAACUGCCUGCUCAUGUACCAAGCCUCAGCCACCUAUGGCUUAUUGGAACUCAGUGAGAGUUCGGCACAGUUCAUCCGCAAUAUGUAUCGUGACCUGCAAGAGGACUUGAAGAAACUUCCUCAGGAGCUGAUUGAACAUGUGGAGUCUCUGGUUCCUAGUGCAUUUGUGGCUGUGGGUUCCCACUCCACAUGCUCUGUGGAUGAGCUUCCUCUUGCCGCCACAAGGACAGUAUGUUACCUUGAUGAGGAUGAUGAAGAAUGGAAGGUCCUCACUGCCUUGCCAAUGGAGGCCAGCACCUCUCUGGCUGGUUUGACCUUUUUGGACAACCGACUCUACGUUGUUGGAGGUGUGCAUGGUGUUGACAAGAGGCCUGUUGAUGCUAGCUUUUGCUAUGAUGUUGUCACCAACACUUGGAGUUUGCUGCCAGGUCCCAGACAGCCAAGGUACAACUUCAGCCUAAUUGGGAUAGAAGGUUGCCUCUACGCCAUUGGAGGAGAGUCUGGAAGAACCACCAUGUCCUCGGUUGAGAUAUAUAAUGUUGCCACAAAGGAGUGGAGCUUUGCAGCACCUUUACCUCGACCGGUCGCUGGGGUCGCAUGUACCAAAGCCAUGAGCCGAAUUUUUGUGUGUCUGUGGAAGCCAAUGGAAACUAACGAAAUCUACGAAUACAUUGCAAACCAGGAUGUGUGGGUUCUGGUGAGUACACUUCUGAAGCACCAGAGCUACGGACACUGCAUGGUGGCCCACAGGGACAACCUCUACGUCAUACGCAAUGGACCCCAAGAUGACUUCUUGCGCUGUUUGAUGGACUGCUACAACAUCACCACUGGACAGUGGACGUCAAUGCCUGGGCACUAUGGGAACAGUAAAGGGGCACUGUUCACUGCUGUAGUGAGAGGGGACUCUGUGUUCACACUGAACCGCACCGUGACUCUGGAGUAUGCUAUCGCAGGGAACAUAUGGAAACCUUGUAAGCAGAUGAAGGGUUUUCCUAGGAAUGGAUCUGUGUGGACAUUUCUACUCAGGAUUCCAAAGGAGAGGAAAGAAGUGACAGUAUCUUAAAUAGAUAGAACCUUAUUAGCAAUAUUAGUGGCUAAUAAAUAGUUUUUAGGCCAUUCACAGUGAACAUGAAUUUUCGCACAAGAUUUAUCCCUAUAGCCUUCACAACAAAAAGUCACAAAGAGUGCAAAAAGUUAC